AUGAAUAUUUUUAGAUCAAUAGUUGGGCCCAAUUAUGAUGGGAAAUACCUUCACAACCUCAUAAAGGAGAAACUAGGAAGGACUCGGUUGCAUCAGACCUUGACCAGUGUGGUUAUUCCAACUUUUGAUAUCAAGAGUUUGCAGCCAAGCAUUUUCUCCUCCUAUGAGGUUAAAAGAUCCCCAAGUUUGGAUGCUCCACUGGCUGACAUAUGCAUUGGUAGCUCUGCAGCACCAACAUACUUUCCGGCCUAUUUCUUUAAAAACCAAGAUAAAGAAGGAAAAGCACGGGAACUCAAUCUUAUUGAUGGUGGUGUCGCAGCAAAUAAUCCGGCUUUAGUUGCCAUAAGCCAAGUAACGAAACAAGUUUUUGACAAAAACCCAGAUUUCUUACCAAUUAAACCCAUGGACUAUGGCCGCUUUCUAGUGAUCUCAAUAGGAACUGGCUCUCCAAAGUCAGAACAGAAAUACAAUGCCAAAAUGGCAGCCAAAUGGGGCGUUUUGGGUUGGCUACUUCAUGGUGGUUCCACUCCUUUGGUGGAUGUGUUUACGCAAGCAAGUGCAGAUAUGGUUGAUUUCCAUAUUUCCGUGGUUUUCCAAGCCCUUCAUUCUGAAGAUAACUACCUCCGAAUCCAAGAUGAUACAUUACAUGGAACGAAUGCUACGGUUGAUGUCACCACCAAGGAAAACUUGGGCAACCUUGUGAAAAUCGGAGAAAGGCUGCUGAAGAAACCAGUUUCAAGGGUGAACUUGGAGACAGGUCUCUCUGUGCCAGUUGAAAAUUGCGGCACUAAUGAAGAGGCUCUCAAAAGGUUUGCAAAGCUACUCUCUGAUGAGAAGAGACUCCGAGAGACAAGAUCACCAAAUCCCAAGAAAAACUUGAAGUAG